UGUUUUUUGCCCAGCUGCCCCCAGCAAGGCGCCGGGACGGAAGUUUCUAGUCGCCCUGCAAGUCCCCGUAAUGGUAUGGGCCUCCUCACGAGCAGCCCUGGAGAGGGGGGCUGCACCUAGCCCCACUUCACAGGCGAGAAAACAGGCCACAGCGAGCGCCUCUCUGGCCCCGGCUAUGCCGCGCUGCACGCUCUCGUGCGCAACAAAGCCCGAAACUCGUGGGCAAUGCCCCGUCUCCAGCUUGGGGCCACGGCUUCUGCGGUCCCAAGAAUGAGUCUGCAGGUCUUAAAUGACGAAAAUGCCAUCAGUGAAAAAAGUACAGAGAAUUGUGACUUCCUGUUUUCACCACCAGAACUUACCGGAAGAUCAUCUGUCCUUCGUCCGUCACAGAAGGAAAAUGUGCCACCUAGAAACCAGGCCAAAGCUGCAAAGGUGACUUUUCAGACACCUCUGCGAGAUCCACAGACGCACAGGAUCUUAAGUCCUAAUAUGACUAGCAAAUCUGAGACUCCUUUUGCUCUGGAUAAUAGCAUUGUAUUAGAAGACUCUCACUACACCUGGAUACAGAAAGAGAACCAACAGAUUACCAAGGAAGUGGACACCAAAGCUAUAAAUGGGUUUCUCCAGGCAGAAGCAGUGGCCGAUAUUGACCUUCCUCCAGGAAACAUUAGGUUUGAAGCGUUUGAAAAUAAUGAUGGCUCAAAAAAACCCAGCUUGGCCACCCUGGCUGAUCCAAGCUCCUUAAGCUCUUCCCAGGGCCCAGAAAGUCCUGAAAACCAGAUGUUGUCUCCAAGACAAGUGUCUGACAGUCCGGGUCAAGCCUCAAAGGAAAGUGUUAGCUCUCAUUUCUUAGUUGGAAGGAUGCCAUCCACCUCUGAGACCCUAGAAGAUCCUCUGGGGACAGCACCUCAACACAAGAUGGAGACCCCUCCCCGAGCCCCUGCAGAAAGUUCACACUGCACUGCCUCAGCCAUGGCUACUUCACCUGGUACCAGCCCUGAGAGUCCAUGUGGAGGGGCCCUCCCCAUAGACCUGGCUAGUGAGACCCCAGGCUCCCCUGAGCCAGCAGCCAGUGCCUUCCUCUCUCCCCACAUCUAUUCAUCUGGUCCUGAGAACUCAGCCCCAGCUGGCCCUCUGCAGACUGAUGGGGCCACAAACCCAAGUCCUCAGAAGGAAGAGGCCAUUGGCCAAAUGACUGUCCUGCCAAGGUGUGAGCCCAUAAGACUAGAAUUCGAUUUCUCUAAUGAAACCACCAGUAGAAGGCUGGCUCUACCUGGGAGACGGGGAAAGAAACCCAAGGGCAGGCAGGACCAGGCCCCUCAGGAGGCAGCAGAGGGAGGCGAGGGCCCUGAGCCUGUUCCCCAGGACUCUCUCCUUGGCUGGAACAAACUAGGUGACCCAAAUUUCAGCCCGUUAGGAGGUGGCUCCAAGCCUGAUGGCAAAGAGGCCUGGCCUCCAGAAAGCCCAGCAAUCAGGUCAGCACCACCUGUGGCUGAGCAACCAUGUGUCAGACCCGCAACCCAGGAGGACUCUCCUUCAAGCCAGCAGCUGUGUUCGGCCCCAACCAGUGACAUACCUGUGGUACAGAUGGCAUCUGAGACCCCAAGAGCAGAGGACAAGAAAGGAAGCUUGGCUCCCAAGAACUGUCUGGAGAAUGAGCUGACAGCCCCCUCUGCUCAACUGAUGCCCGCCCCUCCUCAUCAGGGACUGGAGCCUGCCUCGGACCUGGAGGAGGAGUGCUUCAGGGACCCAGCUGAGGUUCUAGGCACAGGUGCUGAGGUGGACUACCUGGAGCAGUUUGGGACUUCCUCCUUUAAGGAGUCAGCCUGGAGGAAACAGUCCUUGUACCUGAAAUUCGACCCUCUGCUGAAAGACAGCCCUCUGCGACCAGUGCCCGUGGUUCCAGUGACAACAAGUCUCAGCACACAGGAUGCCGAUGAACCUUCCUUGGGAAACCCGCUGGAAGCCAGGCUUGUGGAGUUGGAUUUCUUGGGCACGUUAGAUGUUCCUGCACCAGGCCCACCCGCAUGCCUCCUGGAGCCUGGAGGCCCACCGCUGUCUGUGUCUGUCGGGUCUAUUGUGGACGUCCUGCAAUACAGCCAGAGGGACCUGGAUGCAGCGGUAAGCGCAACACAGGAAGAGAACCUGGAGCUGAAGAGCAGGUGUGAGGAACUCCGCGUGAAGAACCUGGAGAUGGGGAAGGUCAUGGACGGGUUUGAAGGGCUUGUGUGCCAGGCAAUGGAGCCUUACAUCCAGACAACCUGUGAUGGGCCUCAAGCUGAACACAAGCCUCCAGGUCUCAGGGGGGCCCUGCCCUCUCUCCAAGGAUCUGUCAGGCGCUGGCAUGGAAGCAGCAGCUGCUUCUGGCCUGUCCUGCUCCAGAGAUCCCAGCAGCAAGAGGAGGCUCAGAAACAGAAGGAGCUUGCCAAAGCUGAAAUCCAGAAGGUUCUGAAAGAAAGAGACCAACUCACUAUGGAUCUGAACUCCAUGGAAAAGUCUUUCUCUGACCUCUUCAAGCGGUUCGAGAAACAGAAGGAGGUUCUUGAAGGUUACCGCAAGAACGAAGAGUCACUGAAGAAGUGCGUAGAGGAUUACAUAGUGAGGAUUGAGAAAGAGGGCCAGAGGUACCAGGCACUGAAGGCCCACGCAGAGGAGAAGCUCAGGCUGGCAAACGAGGAGAUCACCCAGGUCCGGAGCAAGGCCCAGGCGGAGGCCUUGGCCUACCAGGCGAGCCUGAGGAAGGCACAGAUGCAGAUCCACUCUCUGGAGAAGUCUGUGGAGCAGAAGACUAAAGAAAACGAUGAGCUGACCAGGAUCUGUGAUGACCUCAUCUCUAAGAUGGAAAAGAUCUGAUGAGGGCCAUGGCCACACCUGCCUUCUCCUGUCUGUCUGUCCGUCCGUCUGAUUUGUCUUAGUUUUGUGUUCUUCUCUCUUAACCUCAACUUCCUUUCAAAAUAGGUUGCUUUUAAAAGAAGACUAAAUAAAGUUUCCCUUGAGCUCAAA